ACACAGCACCGGGCCCAGAAAGCUCCCCCUGGGCAACACAGGCACUGUGAGCGAUGUUUCAGCCGGCACUGUCGCGCACCCAUUGAGGUCUCCGUGUCCUGCAUGGUGAUCAGCUGCCGCCUCCACUGCGGGGCCACCUUCCACAUGUGCAAGGAGGAGGAGCACAAAUUACUCUGCCCCUUGGAGCAGGUGUCCUGCCUCAACUCAGCCUAUGGCUGUCCUUUCUCCAUGGCCCGCUUUAAGCUGGGGAAGCACCUCCAGGUCUGUCCAGCCAGUGUUGUCUGCUGCUCGAUGGAGUGGAACCGCUGGCCAAACGUGGAUUCAGACACAACCCUGCACAAGAAUAUUAUGAAAGAGACCUUGAACGAAGAAUGUCUGGACACAGCUUUGGCACUCAGAGACCAGAAGAUACUUUUCAGGACUUUGAAAAUAGCUGAAUUAUUUCCAGAGUGGAGGAAAAAGGAUGAACUGGAGGAACUAAUGGAUCAAGCCAUGGGUGGGGAAGCAGGUGCUGUGGGAGGAGCUGCCUGUGGUUCCCAAGAGGGCAAUAACCAGUCUGAGCUCAGUCAGCGUGAGCGGGAAGAUUUGGCAAAGGACAAAGAAGGAAUGGACCUGGGGAGUUACAAAACCUGGGAGAACAUUUUCAGCAAAGAGCUUCUGGCUUGCCAGGUAACGGGCUCAGCAACCAGCACAGGACAAAAGACGGAGGAGGCUUCCAAGAAAACAGCAUCAGCCUCUCAUGCUGCCAGCUCCACAGAAAAGGCAAAGGAAGGACCUGAUGGUGCAGAAGAAGGAAAGGGCCAAAAGUCUGAACAAGUAACACCAAGUAGAGAACUGAAUGGACUGGCUCCCUGGCAAGAAGGGGUCCUGGAAAGGCUGAAGAAGGAAGUCGGUGUAGCUGAUUACAACAUGUAUCUGGUGCAUCACGGGGGAAUGCUCAUCCGCUUUGGCCAGAUGGCUGCUUGCACUCCGAGAGAAAAAGACUUUGUCUAUGGGAACUUGGAAGCCCAGGAGGUGAAGACUGUCUACACCUUCAAAGUGCCAGUUAGUUACUGUGGCAAAAGAGCACGACUAGGAGAUGCACUGGGUCACAAAAUGCCAACUUCAGACAAGUCAGUGGAUACCUCAGAACUGGGAAUAAAUGUAGAAGAACUACCUAAGACAAACAUCGUUGAAGCCACGCUGCUGUGUGCUCUGGAAAAAGAGCUGAAAGGCCAUGAGAUCUCUGAAGCAAGAGGUAUCGAUGGACUCUUUGUGGAUUUUGCAACACAGACAUACAGCUUUCCUUUGGAGCCCUUCUCCUCUGGUGCAGUUCUAGCAGAUGUUCUGGAUGAAAACAGCCCACCAGAACUGCACAUGGAGCUCUACACUGAAUGUGUAACCAGAAGACACAACAAAAGCAGUUCAGCUUUCACAUUCACUUGCAGUCAUUUCUUUAGGAGGGAUGAGUUCCCAUCCCACUUCAAGAAUGUGCACGCUGAUAUCCAGUCAUGCCUGGACGGGUGGUUCCAGCAUCGCUGCCCACUGGCCUACUUGGGAUGUCCUUUUGUCCAAAAUCACUUCCGCCCUGAGGGACUUAAGGCCAAGGUUAUUUACAGCAAGCCUCUCAAGACAUUUGCUAUUAAGCCAGAGGUGGACACCAUACUUGCUGAACCAGGCAAGUGCAAUUUCACAGUGGAUAGUCGAGGGAGAAACAAGGACUUGCUGAGCAGCCUCCCAGUGGAAGUGCUCAAGUACAUUGCAGGAUUCCUGGACAGCUUCAGUUUGUCUCAGCUAUCACAAGUAUCAGUGCUCAUGAGGGACAUCUGUGCCACCCUUCUUCAAGAGAGGGGAAUGGUCCUGCUGGUCUGGGAGAAAAAAAGAUAUUCGCAUGGUGGUACUUCUUGGAGAGCUCGCAAAAAGAUCUGGCAGUUCAGCAGCCUGUUCUCCAGAGUUCACAACUGGCAGCGCAGUGACGUCCCGAGCAUGUCGGAGCACCUGAGGAAUUGUCCCUUCUACCAGGCAGAGCACAGGACGGACCCCGUGCUGCUGACGGGCAUGACUGAAUCUCGGGAGCAGACUCGAAAGACUUUGGUCUCUACUUUCAAGCACAGAGUCUGAACAGCUUGCUUCCCCUCUGCCAUGCUUCCUUCAGGGCUCCUGAGAUGAAGAUUUGGGGAUUCAGAUGUAAAGAUUGUUGCUUCCAACUCUCCUUUGGACCUACAAAAUUGGCUUCUCCCCAGCUGCGUUUGCAACAUCUGCUUUUUUUUUUCUCCCCUGCAUUAAUUUGUUAAAACUUCAACCAUUGCUUACUAACAUCACAUGCUUUCUGUUUAUGUUUCUGUUCCUGGUUUGAUACAGCAUCUUGAAGAAAGCAAUGAGGAUCUUAUUUGAAAACAGCAUUUUUACUUCCUUGAAGGUAGGCUGCUGCUCCUGUACUAUGUGCCUGAGGGAAGCAAGAGCAGUUAAUCUAUUUAGCUCAAAUAAAUCUGAAACACCUUAGUUUUGUCUGGAAAGCCAAGUUCUUGGAGCACAAGUAGAUGCCCUCCUGCCUGGCAGACCUGGGGACUGCUAACCUGCUCUGAGACAUGGGCAAAAGAAAAGGACACCCCAAAAUUACGUGAAUUAAUUAGAACUCUGGUGAGAACUUGGGAAUUCACUGUGCAGCCACAGACCAUCAUUUAGGACCCUAACUAAAGCAAGCAGGCCUAGCUGAGUGCAAGCCUAAAGCUGAGCUCGUAGGAGCGUUCAAACCAAACCAAAGCAAACAAACUUGCUCUUUGUUAGAAGUAAUUUUAGAGACUCAAUUGACUUUUUAUAUUUUAAGGUAACAACUUUCUGUGGUUUAUCUGAAAAUUCAUUAAAGCUAUUAAAGAAUAUUUGAAGUCAUUUUUAAAAUGCCUAAAAUGCCUGAAAAAAAUGAGUUUUGCAGUUGUAAAUUGCAAAUUCUAAUUGUAAGCAACUGGAAACAGGAUGUCAAAGAAAUAAUAUUCUUUUCCAUAAAAGAUAAGUAAUUCAGUAGCCCAUUCAGAAAAGUAUGGGUAAUAUUUGCUUCAAUUAAAUGGGCUAGAGCAUAGAAUCUUUUUUUUACACAGCAGAAAAGUGAUUAGAAUUUGGUUUAUCUUUUAAUAAAUACACUAACUUCAACCAGAAUGGGCUUGCUGAGGCAACAGAUGAGAGAAAACAGGCAUGUUACCAGCAGUGUCUGUCUCAUUACACUAUUUGAACCUAUUUCAGUGGUGCUAGUCAGAAAUGGCAUGGAUGUGGUGGUGGGUGAGAUUCCUCUGAAAUGGCCAUAGACUUAUUUGUCAGCUUGGGACAGUUUCCAGCCACUGCACAGCCACAGGGUGCUGACUCACCCCCUUUCUUUUUGAAGCUCAUAGAGAGAAGUGUGAGCUCAGGACUGAAGUCCGGCUUUCAUCUCUCUCUUGGGUAAGAGAACCUUGUUGAGAGCUGGGAUAUUUGCUGGACUAGUGCUCUUCUCACCUGGGCUGGCCAGGUGCAAACUGGCUCUGGUAGAUGGAUGAGUGCCACACUUGCCAUCCUCAGCCCCAGUGCAGAAGGAGCCCCUCUUACCCAGAGAGGCUGCUGAAGAACCUGAGCUGAGUGCUUGGUAAUCGAAGGCAUGAAUUGUGUGGUGACCCAAACCACUCUAAGGGCAGCUCAGCUUUGUCUACACUAGCAGCUUAAGUGGGCCCUGUGAGAUUUUUAACCAUAUGAGGAUGUUUUUUAUCUCCAGAUACACACCCUCAGGAGCAUACAGUAUGAGAUGUGAGGACAGUGGAAUGGUCUCGGGAAAAAGAAAAGCAGCAGGUUUUUUGUGUUGUUGUUGUUGUUUCGGUUUUUUUAUGCUACUCUAUUUUUUGCCCCUAGAGAUCCUUCCUGGGAAGUCUCAUAAUGCUCUAGAUAUGAAAAUAAACUCUGCACAUGCAUCCUGCAGAAAACACAAGUAGCAUCCCAGGUUUAUGAAGAGGAAACUGAAGGAGAUGAACACAGGGAACCUAAGCUGGACCAACAGCAGUUAGAACCAGAUGCUUUGAUCCUUCAUCCUUGUGGCUUAAGCCACUGCACAAAAACAAACAGUCCAUCCUUUAAAGCUGCUGACAAAAACUCACCUGUCCUCAAAAUGUUCCAUAUAACAUAAGUUGCCCAAUAUUAUCUCCUUGUCUGACCGAGCAAAAUUGACAGAUGUGGAAAUAUGCAGCCAGAAUUUCUAGACUUCCUAGGUCUCUAGAAUUCCUAGGUCUCUACAUCAGGGCCUCAUUCUUCACUUAUCAUGUAUCUGAUUUUGAAAGAUGCUGAGCACCCAACUGUUGCUGCAGACCACAGUAUAUGCAAAUGCAUACCCAAAAAAAUGGGUGCCAGAUUCUCUGCUGGGUGCUUGAAAAUGGAGCCACUUGCUUUUAUGGAUAAUUUGGGGAGGGUGGAAAAAAAAGUUGCUUAAAUAAUAAGAUCUAAGAGUAAGUCAAUGUUCAAGGCUGGCUUGAGGCACCAUGAAAAAUUUCAGCCUGUUCUUGUCACUCCCUGCUCCUGGAGAUGGCAUGACUUCAGUUCCAGCCUUAUUACAAUAGAUCCUGCUUCUUCCCUCCACAGGAGAUGCCUGAGUCAGACUUCAGGGGCAGGCAACCUUUGGAAAUUCAAUGGUUGAUGGUGUAGGUCAGAGUUAGGAAUAUGGGAACCUCUACCUCAUGGGAUCAUCCAGGGUGUGCACAGAACAUCCAGGAGACUGGAUCAUUUCCCUUCUGGUAUUCCUACAGGGCAUGCUGGAGGAACACACGAUGUUCGUUCAUAGAGAGACAUUUGCUCCUGUGAAUAUAUAGGUGUAUUUCUGUAAACUCUAAAUUUGAUUAAGUAACCUUCAGCACAUCCAGUGAAAGCUGAAGAUCCACAACCAAAAUCUUCAGGUUAACCCUGAAAAUCUUUGGGUUAACCUGAUCUGGGAGAGGCAAAGCUGUACAGGGAAGGGGAAAUCAGCCUUCCAUAUCUGCAUACUCGCCUGGUAAAUGUCAGCAGGGAGCUGCUCCUCACUUCAUCCCAGCCUUACCAGGAGUGGAGAGCUGUGGGUUGGUGUCAGAUGCAGCUUUAUUAGUCUAAGGGUCAUGCCAAGCUAGCUCAGUGUUGAUGGUCCUGCCCAUUAGCAGAGUCAGGAGGAUUUAGGAGCUGGAUGGAACUGAAUUUUCCUACACUCUGUGUCUUGGUGAGCACAAUGCUGGCUUAUUUAAAAGGUGAGAGGCUUCAGUUUGGGCUCAGCAAGUCCUUAUCUCCUGGUUUAAGUUUGUAAUUUGGCCAAGAAAACUUUGUCUAUAUUUCAGCUUGAGGAAUUUGAUUAGAAGAAACUGAGCAUUUGGUGUUUUUCAAAAUAGUCUAUUGUUUUGGCAGGGUCUGAACUGGAAAAGGGGACCCAUUCCAGCAGAGCAUUGAGGCUGCUCUCAAUCCAGCCCCCACACUCUGGAUCUUCAUGACUUUGAUCUUGUUUGUGCUGUCCACAAGUCCUGUGAAGUGCAAGAGCAACACUCCACAGACUCCAGGCUGGCGUGUCUUGCAGUGUUUCCUCUCACUGGAAAAGUGGAAGUGAAAUGAAGGCAUCGUGGAAACCAGAAAAGUCAGAGUAGGGCAAAAAAAA